AUGACAGAAUCAUCUAUGGGCAUGCUUCUAUGUGCUAUUGUAUGUUUUUAUAUCUGUCGUUGUUUCUCGUUUAUUUAUCUAUAUUUGCACCUUGUUCUUCUAGUUGAAAGAUUUCGAUUAUUUAUAUACAUAUAUAUAUAUAUAUGUAUAACUGAACGUAGAUAUAAAGUAAAGAGUAUACGUACUGUAUCAAUAAGGACAAAAAACACUAAGCCAACACUUAGACGUACUAAUAAGGGCUUAAGAAUAAAUAUAAAGAAUGCAAAUAUGGCCAUAAGUAUACUUGGAGUGUUUCUUAUGUCAACGGUUUUGCUAAUUGCGACAUUUUUAAUUGGAUUAGUACCGUUAUAUUAUGUGAAGAAACAAAAUUCUAAUUUAGCCAGUAAAAAAUCCAAUCAAAUGAUUGGAAUAUUAUCACAAUUUGGUGUUGGUAUGCUUUUAGGAACAUCGUUUAUGUUAGUUAUUCCUGAGGGGAUUAAAUCGUGUUUGGAACAUGAUGGUAAUGUUGGAUUAAAUUUAUUAAUUGGGUUUCUUGUGGUCUAUUUGUUGGAUAGGUUAGUUCAAUUAAUUAUAAAUAGGAAAAAUAAGAGCGUUGAUUUUGAGCAGGAGAAUUAUGUUAGUUUUGAAUCAUUAACUGAUUUAGUCAAGAAUCCAAGAAGAAUAAUUGGUUGUAUAUUAAGAAACAAUGUUGUAUUUGCUUUAUUUAUUCAUGGACUUUCUGAUGGUAUUGCUCUGGGGACCACUAAUAAUAAUGAUUCACUUUUAAUAAUUGUUUUAAUUGCCAUUGUGAUUCAUAAAAUACCGGCAGUAUUAUCUUUAUCAAGUCUAAUGAUUUCGAAACAAAAAUUACCUGAAUGGGAAGUUGUUUCUAAUCUUUUCGCAUUUGCGUUAUCUACACCCUUGGGGUAUAUUUGUUUAUCAAUGUUUAAUUUAAAUCAUUCUGAGACAAUGGAUUGGAUUAGUGGUAAUUUAUUAUUAAUGAGUGGUGGGAGUUUAUUAUAUGCGUCAUUUACAGCAUUUGUCACAGGUGAUAAGGAUAGCAACAAUCACAGUCAUACUCAUCAAAUAUUUCGUAAUUCAGAGAAUGAAACUGAAACUGAUACAACUAUUGAUCAUGAAAUGGGAAAUUCAUUUCAAGAAAAUGUUGAUGAUGACACGAAAUUACCACAUGAUGAAUCUCUUUAUGUUGUCAGUGGUGUUGUUUUACCAUUACUGAUAUCCUUUUUCAUUUCUGAAGACUAA